AUGGAACUACCGACACGACUGGCCCACCGGUUACGAGAAAUACAACGGUUGCCCUAUGUUGUGGUCACGAAUCCACACCUUUCCAUGGUCUAUGAGUUAUACUACAAGUCUUUUGAGAGUUUUCGCCGCUUCCCCGUCAUACGGACCGUCGCGGACAACGAUGCCUUUUGCAAGGUCAUCAGCGAGAACCUGAAAGAGCACUUGUCGAUCAUACCUAGUCUUGUCGUCGGGGUUCUCGAGUGUCAAGAGUUGGUUUCUCCAGAUACUAUGGACAAUUUUGUUCAGGCCAUGUUGCGAGCUCGAAUCUCAAGGAGAGUCAUUGCCGAACAGCAUCUUGCGCUCACCGAGACAUAUAAUUCGCCAUGGCACGUGCCUCAACCAAGCUCUGAGAACGAAUUCGUCGGUGAGGUGUUACUACGCUGCAAUGCCAAAGAAGUUAUUGAGCGGUGCGGUCGUUUCACCAGAGAAAUGUGCAGGUCAUCGGCAACUUCGGAUACAAGUAUUCCCGAAAUUAGAAUUCAGGGUCAUACCAAUGCUACCUUUCCUUACGUGCUUAGCCAUCUCGAGUACAUCAUUGGGGAACUACUACGGAACUCAGUUCAAGCGGUCAUGCAACGGUUUCGAACGACGAAAAAGCCACCACCACCAAUCGAUGUCUUGAUUUGCGAAGCACCUCAGAAUGUGGUUAUUCGUAUUUCGGACCAAGGCGGAGGUAUUCCUCGUGAAAUCAUGCCAUUUCUCUGGUCAUUCAACAAAGGGCCCCGCAGUGCUUCCCGACUGGAGAAUUUCAGGGAUGUACCUACACUUGCCGGCACAAUGCAAGAAGUGCGAACAUCAGGAAAUCCUGCGUCCAAGGGAAGAAGUCGGGAUUCUUCCCUCAGUACGCUUGCAUCACGACCACCGGACUUCAGGCUAGGAAUGGGCCUACCCAUGAGUCGAGUGUAUGCCGAGUAUUGGGCUGGUGGUCUCGAGCUGCACAGUCUUGAGGGAUAUGGUGUCGAUGCAUUUCUGCAGAUUUCCAAGCUGGGCAACCAGAACGAGCAACUGACUUCUCGUGCGAGCAUGGAUGCUGUGUAA